AUGCAAAGAUUUAUAAUAUCUAAAUUUGAUAAAAAUUUAGAUGUCCUAAACUCUGUUGACAAUAAAAACCAAGAACAUGAAAUAAACAAAGUUGAAAAUAAGAAUAUUGGUGGUAGUUUCUUAGAGAAUCAAUUUGAUGAUUCGAUGGGUAUUGAUUUAAAAUAUAAAAAGAAUACACAAUUACCAACACAAAAAAAAAAAGCAAUUAAAGAAUCAGAACGUCAAAAGGCAAACAAUGUUUAUAAUAUUUCUAAAACUCUUUUUGGUUCCACUGCAGAUGAUAAAAUGUUUAAUUCCAUUGAAACUUUGGAGAGAAACUUAUUACAUAUGAAACAAAUUGCAGAAGAUACUUAUAUUAUUAAAAAACCUGAUAAAAAACUUUUAGAAUGCAUCAUACACACUAUUUCCUCUAAUAAGUCACCAAAUAAUAAGGAAUCUGAAAAAAAUGCAGAUUUGCUUUUACAGGAGAUGGAUGGAUGUCAUACAGUUCAGGAAUUUAUAAAAUUCUUGGGAGCUAAACUUUUUAAUUCAUCAAUUUUAUCCAAUUUUUCAAAAAAUCAUGUCUCAAAUGAAUUAUAUAAACAAUUUCCAAGUAAUUAUUCUUUAUUGAUAAAAGAAGCAAUUUGUAAAAGUCAUUUAAAGUUUAAUGAUCCUUAUUUGGCAUUAUCAGUAUUUGAACAAUCAAAACGAUGUGGUAUUGUAUCAUACAUAAUGGGUUGUAAUGUUGAUGUUUACAAUGAAUUAUUGAGAAUUAGAUGGAAAUAUUGGAAUGAUUUAGUUGGUAUUAAACGUUUAUUAGAUGAAAUGAAAUCUAAUGGCAUUUAUGAUAAUGAAGAAACGAAUGAACUUAUUAACAAAAUUCAUUCUGAAUCUUCAAAAAUAAGUCAAUUAGACAACAAGUUGGAUUAUGAAUAUUCUAGAAAAAUCAAAAAGUUUGAAUCAGAAAAGAAAUUUAAAAAAAUUUACAAUAUGUAA